CGCAUGGGGGAGGUGCUCGCGGAAUACCCGUGGUUUCACCCGUACCACCAACGCUUCCAGAAGCUGGCGCGCGAGCUGUACCCGCGAGCGGCGCGGGCAGUCAAGGAAUGCUCCGGUGGUCUGCGCGUCCUGCUGCACGGCGACCUCAAGAGGAACAACAUCAUGUUCCGCACCGCAGCGGGAGAGCUCCAAGUCCGUCUCUACGACUUCCAGUGCGCACACGUGGGGUGCCCCGCCGAGGACGUGGUGUACCUGCUGUAUAGCAGCGCCAGCCUGGAGGUGCUGCAGCACCACGUGGACGAGCUGGUGGCCGGCUACCACGCCAGUCUGCAGGCAGCCCUGCGGGCCCUGGGGCUGCACCAGGCGGCCGACGACUUCCCCCUGCACCAGCUCACCAGCGACAUGGAGCGCAUGGCCCCGGUGAAGCUGUUCUGCACCUUCCAGAGCAUGCCCUUGCUCAUCAGCCAGCACUGCAUAGACUUUGAUCCCAACGUUGCGCUCGCAGAUAACGACGACGGAAACGUGAAGAGAUUCAUUCGCCAGUGUAUCACUAAUCCGACUUUCUUAUGCACUGUGCAGUACCUGAUACCUGUUUUUGAGGAAAGAGGUUGGAUAUAGACUGCUUUGUAUUACCCAUUGCUUGCUGCUGAUGCGAGUGGUAAAUAAACGCUAAGGCAAAAAAACAAUUAUUCCCUACUAAGGAACUACCCGAAUGGGAGUGAAAUCGGUAGCUGUGGUGUACUGUACAGAAAACAAAUUAGUAAAACUUCAGUAAAAUUGGGUGAUUUGUUAUUCAGUAAGCCAAUAAUGUGUUGGACCACCUGUGCUCUUAUACAAGCAGUUAUUUGGCUUGGCAUUGAUUGACUGAGUUGGUGGAUGACCUGCUAAGGGAUAUCGUGCCAAAUUCUGUCCAACUGGCGCGUUAGACUGUCAAAAUCGCGAGUUGGUUGGA